UUUCAGCAGGGAAAUAAUUCCGUUGAGCAAGAAAAAACAGAACGACGUUUGAUAAGCAAGACUGAAGAGCUUCAAGCUACGCUCGCCGAAUUAACGGAGUCGCUUAAUGCAAGCUUUGCAAACGGCGAAGGUCUCGAUGAAAAUGCAGGUCAAUUAGUGCUGCGACAGAUGACCGAAAAAAUUAACGCCCUCACGGAGGAGAAUCAUAACCUAACAGCAUAUCCAUCAUUGUCUGUGUCGAACUUCAGUUCAGACUGGUCCGAUGGACGGGCUUUCUGCGCCCUCAUUCACAACAUACGACCAGACUUGGUGGACCGUACGCAGUUGAGUCAAAACGGUUGUGCAGAACUUGCUGUGAAGGCGGCAUCGAAGAUAGGUGUCAAUAUCGAGUUGGGCAUCUUCUCUAAACCUACUCCCGAUUGGAAGCAUGUGAUGGCUGCUGUAUUUGAGUUAUAUAAGAAAUACGAAUCCAUAGAAGAUAGUCGCCUUUGA